GAGACUAAAAGAAAACAGAAAAUUGUGGAGAAGUUUCGCUUUCUGGUCGUUUUUUCCAGCCAUGGAUUCUUCUUCUACUACUACAAGUGUAGCUUUUCCGGCAUUUCCAGGGUCCCAACACGAAACAAGUGUUGUUCGUAGCUUUAAAUUUCAACUUCGCAGCGACUCUCAUUUGAUGGACGAUAUCUCAAUUUCUUUGAAUUCCAUCUUACUUUAUCUUCAAUGCAGUGGAGGAUAAGUUCCCGGUGAUGGGUUUCUCUGAAUGGGUAUGAGUUGGUGUUUAGCAGUAUUUAUAUUGCAGAAAGAGCAAAUACUAAAGUUACAGUGUGAUAAACCAUAGAUGUGCCGCUAACCAAAUCAAGCUUAAGGGAGGACUGAUCUGGCUACAUGGGAAGCCUAAUGCACCUAUUUGAGUGUAGCCAGCCCAGCAUGCUGUGGGCACAUAAGAGACAUGUCGAUGGUUUUGAAGCCCCUCGAAAUAGCUUGGAGCUGCCAACAGAAAUUUCUCAGAACAUUUGUGAUUUGGGAAGCAACAUACUGUAUUCAUUUCAAGAGAAGCAGAAUUCCUCUGAAACAAACUGUUAUCCAAAAGAGCAUUCCAUGAAGAAGUUGAUUGAUGGGGAGAUAUCUAACGGACCAGAGACCAGACGCAAUACACCGAGUGUUGUGGCUCGUUUGAUGGGAAUGGAUACAUUACCAUCAGAACCAAAACUGGCAAUACGCGUAAAGGAGAAAAGGAAUGAGAAAACAGGAAAGAAACCCCAAAGAGAGGAACAAACAAAAAAUGUCUUGAUUGACUCUAAAUCACUUGAAUCAAAACACUUAAAGCAAAGGGAAGUAAAAUUAGCAUCCGAUCAUAAAACAAGAGAAUUUGACCGGUGCAGUUGUGUCUCAAAGUUUGAAAAACCACGACCUCGAGAACAUCCUCAAGAAGAGGAACUACAGCAGUUCAAGAGAGAAUUUGAAAAAUGGCAAGCAAUGAUGGUCUGGGAACGUGCGAGGUGUGUUGAACUUGGCAGAAUUCCUAGUCAAUACAAGGAAAAGAUGGCUCUAUAUGCAGGUUCUAGGAGAUCUACAGAAAAAGAGAAACCUAUAGAACUAAUGCAUCACAAUUCACUGCCAACACCAGAAGUGAAUUCACAAGGAAGUUUUGCUUUAAAACAUCGCGGUUUUAAGAAGGAAGCUCUCCAAACUAAUGAAAUGGAACCUGUAAAUUUGAGAAAUAGAACCCAAACUGGUGACUUGGAGGAGGUGCCCUUAAUGAAUUGUGAUCCAAAACUGGGAAAAUCUGCUGUACCCACAAAGAUAGUGAUAUUGAAGCCCAGCACUGAUAGAAAUGGAAGCAGCGAAGACUCUUGGGCUGGUUCACCAGAGAGCAUUCAAGGGGUAGGGAGUAUUGAAGAUUUUCUAGAGGAGGUGAAGGAAAGGCUGAGAUGUGAGAUACAAGGAAAGAGUGUUAAAAGGGAGAUGGCGGUCAGAGGGGGUGGAAUCGAGACCCCUUUCAGAGAGAAGUUGUCAGAUCCGAAAGAAAUUGCAAGGAAUAUAGCGAAGCAGGUAAGAGAAAAUGUUACUAAGGACCUUGGUGCGACUUUGCUCCGAUCAGAAUCAACUGGCUCAUAUAGAAGUGAGAUCCAAAUCAAUGAAUCAAGUUCCCCAGAGUUUAUCAACAGAGACACCAGGAAAUUAUUGUCGGAGAGGCUGAGGAAUGUACUGAACCGAGAAAGUAACGUGGAUGUCCUGAAAAUGGGCUAUGGUAGCUCAAGAGCUUCGGUUUUGGAUAAUGAGGGGAAGAAGCUAAGACCAACCAGAGAUGUCUUGAAAACUGAGAACAAGGCGAGCUGGUUGAAAAAUAUGAAAGAUGAAGCUGAAAUGCAAACCAAACCUUUCAGACAUGGUCAAGACAACAAGAAGAUGCUCUAUGCAGGGGAAGUGUCCCCUAGGAACCUAGUAAGAUCUUUGUCAGCUCCUGUUUCAGGAACUUCAUUUGGCAAGCUUCUUUUAGAGGAUCGGCACAUUUUAACCGGGGCUCACAUCAGGAGGAAGCAUGAAGCUGCUGAAAAUGUUCCAGUCGAAGUAAGAAAAUUGAGGAAGGAGAGGUUCAGUCUCAGAGGGAGAGUUUCAAGUCUCAAAUCCAGUUUCACUCUGAGGGGUAAACUAUUUGGCAGGAAGAUCCAGUCAGAGGAGGAAGCAGGAAGCAGUGAAUCUAAUUCCAUAAAAGAUAUCAUGAGUGGACCUACUGAUGGGAUGAAUUUUGGCUAUGCCCAUGAGAACUCAACUGAAGUGCCACCAAGCCCUGCAUCAGUGUGUAGCAGUGCUCAUGAAGAAUUUUGUAGGCCAGCAGACCAUUCAAGCCCAAUCUCCACUUUGGAUGUACCCUUGAUAGAAGAUUGUCCUGUACCACAGGUUUUCAGAGAGAUCAGCUCUAACCUUCAUGAGCUGCGAAGGCAGUUGAAUGAACUCGAGUGUGAUUAUUCCCAAGACAUGGUGAUCAGAGAGGAGUCUUUGGAGGCCAAGACGGUGGAGUUAGAAGGUCCAGCAGAAGCCUACAUUCGAGAUCUCCUCUUUGCUUCUGGUUUGUAUGAUGGUCUGUGUGAUGGUUCUUCUUCAAGAUGGGACCCGAUUGGAAGGCCCAUUGGCAACUGGGUUUUCAAGGAAGUGGAAGGAUCUUACAGAAGAAGGGACAAAGAAGAAAGUUCCAAAGCUCAGUAUGAGAGAGAGGUAGGCCACAAGUUAUUGUAUGAUUUGACGAAUGAAGCUCUAUCGACCAUAUUUGGAUCUUCUUCAAGGACCUGGAGAUUAAAAAACAAGAUUGUUGGUACUAGCAUGUUUCCACCUCCUUGUGGAUCUUGUGGGCAGAUAUUGUUAGAUAGUGUUUUGGAGAAGAUCCGUGGAUACUCUUAUCGCCCAAUGGAUGAUUCAUGUUAUUCAAUUGAUUACAUGGUGGCCCGAGAUCUAGGGAUGAAACCAUGGUUGUGCAUGAUGGAUUGUGAUGUUGAGGCAAUAUCAAGAGAGCUGGAGCGGACAAUCCUAUAUGAGUUGAUUGGGGAAACUGUGAGGACCAUGUGUGUUAAGAGUGUAGCAAUGGGGCAUGAAUGAAAGCAGUUUAAGCCUUAGGAUGACUUUAAAUGCAGACUCCUGCCUUGUAGCUGUACUUUGUAAAUUUAUGCUCUGUAGUUUCUGAAGGUUGUGGGGCUUGGUGUUUUUUAGCAUUAGUUGAGGGGUUGAUAUUUGAUAUACAAAAUGUACAUUGAUUUUCGCCGAGUCGAGUCAGUGAGUCACAAUUUCCAUGACUCUUCUCUGAUUAUUGGAAUUGUUAUCUACCGCACAACGUUGGUACAAACUACA